AAAUGGUCUGAUUAUGGCACUUGUCGCUAUAUAAAGCCGGGAAAACUAAAAGCGAGCCGACAGAACUUCUCUCUCUCUUUCUUUCUAUCUAUCUUCACUUCUACCCCCACUCUUCAACUCUUUAACAAUGGCAAAUCUUCCCGAUUUCAUGACCGACCCCAAUGCUGUCCUGAAUGAUAAGGACCAUGAGUGGCGAUACAACCGUCUGCCCGACUACAAGAAGGUCAAUGAAGCCUUUGAUAAGGAAAAGUCUGUUGAUCAUGAAGAAGGCUCGCUGAACUGGCUCGUCUCCAACUUGGUCAAGAACUGGGAAAAGGAAAUGUCUUAUAAGCUCAAUCCCGACCAAAUCCGCACCAUUAACCGCGAGAAAUACCGCUUCUCUGUUAACGGUGGUGAAUGGCACUCUGUUGAAAAUAUGCUCAAGAUUGGUACGUACAAUGCGUUGAUUGGUGAUACCGAAUUGUACAAGGCCAGCGAAAGCGACUUUAGCGACUCGCACAAACUCUUCAAGCGCUGUCUUCGCACGUUCUCAUGGGAAGUUAUUGAGGCCUACAGUGGCCCUCCUACCGUUGCCUUCAAGUGGCGCCAUUGGGGUACCAUGACCGGUGACUUGAAGGUCAACUUGGGUAACGGCCAAAAGCUGGAAGCCGAGGCCACAAACGAAGUCGUUGAGACGUUCGGUGUCACUGUCGCCAAGGUCAAUGAGAAGUUCGAGAUUGAAGACCUGGAAACGUUCUACGAUCCCUCGGAUUUGAUGCGCCAGUUGUCCAAGAAGAAGAAGGGCGGUGAUGGUCAAGUCGCUACUACUAGCGGUGAGGGCGGCAAAUGUCCUUUUGCUCCUUCCCAGUAAAAAAAAAUCCCGAUAUUUUGGACGGAGGAAGACAAAACGUGAGCGCGCACAAGCGGGUGAAGCUUAAUAUACUAUUUGAAUUGGAAAUGGGAUGGACAACGGCAACGACGGAUGCUAACUAAAAGGGCAGGUUACCUUUCUUCCCAAUUGUCGGUGCACACUCCCUUUAUUCCUUACUACUUGCUAUCCUAAUUCCUUCUCGUCUUAUUAAUAAUACCCUUAUUUUCUGCCAAUUGUAACACCAACAAGAAGAUAUAUGAGAAUAUUCUAUUUCUUCAUCUUAUUAAAAUAUAUAAAAUAAAGGCUAGCGUGUAUUUCUUCCAAAAAAA